UCAUUUGGUACUCAUCUUGUAAGGACCGUUAUUGUCCUUUAAAAAAUCAACCAGUCUGCAUUUUCGAUGGCAUCUGUAGUAGACAAUAUCCAGAUUUUUGCGCAGUUGAAGUUUUAAACUGCGAAAAUGCAAAGAGGGGCAAGCCUCCUAUUCGACGAAAGAUUCUAGGAAAGUGUGGUCGUAAGGCGCAUAUGUGCACUCCAGAUGAUGCUUAUCGUUAUACAUGGCCACCACAAUCUGGAAAAGGUACUGCGAAACCUGAAGCUGGAAAAUGUACUUCGAAACCGGUAGCUGGAAAAGGUACUUCGAAACCGGUAGCUGGAAAAGGUACUUCGAAACCGGUAGCUGGCAAAGGUACUCCGAAACCUGAAGCUGGCAAAGGUACUACGAAACCUGAAGCUGGCAAAGGUACUACGAAACCUGAAGCUCUAACAGAGACUCCGAAACCUGAAGCUAGCAAAGGUACUACGAAGCCUGAAGCUGGAACACAAACUCCGCAACCUGUGGCUGAAACAGCUGCCCCGCAAACUGAGGCUGUAACAGCUGCCCCGCAAACUGAGGCUGUAACAGCUGCCCCGCAAACUGAGGCUGGAGCAACUACUUCGAGCCCUGUAAAAACUACAACUGAAGAAAAAAUUGAAAAUGAUGAUCAGGCGGAAGAAGAAACCACUCCAACUUCUAGAGAUUAAUUUAUGAAGGAAAACUUGAAUAAA